AUGGCCCGCAGGAACGCCUGCGAGGAGGUCUCCCUCAAGUCGUCGUACGCGUUGGUGGCGGCGGGCGUCGUCCUGGGCAGCCUAGCGCACGGCGGUGCGUUGUACUGGUGUCUGGUGCUGAUGGUCGCAUUGUUCGCGGCCGCGGUCAGCGUCUACCGGGCUUUGGUGGAAGAAAACGCGCGCCUCUACUUCGAGAAGCGCGAAAAAAGCGCGCCGUUUAUUAGAAUUCUGAUCCGAGCGUUAGUCGAGGGCCCCGACGAGUCGAGGAGAGAGGCGGCGCGCGACCUCGCGACGAGGGCCGCGGAGAAGGCGUUCGACCGCGACCUCAUCGCGUCCGAGGGCGCCUGCCCGCCGCUCGUCGAACUAUGUAGGAGGGGGGCGACGGACGAGACGCGCGGCGCGGCGGCCGCGGCGCUCGGGAACCUCGCGGCGAACGCUUUGAUACGAAAGCGCACGCUGCCGGCGAGCGGCGCCGUCGACGCGCUGCUCGCGCUGUGUCGGAGCCCCUGUGAUGAUGGAGACGGCGCGCGGUCGGCCUGCACGGCUUUACGGAACAUGGCCUUCGACGCGGGGACGAAAACCAUGAUCGCGGAGGCGGGCGGCGUCGAGGUCGCCUGUUCCUUAUUGCGGGCCGGCGCCACGCAGUCGCGGAGCGGCCCCUACGCACUACAAGCCGCCGCGCUCCUGGGGACGCUCUGCUGGGGCUCCGCGGCCUCGAAAAAACAGGCCGUGUCCUGCAAAGCCGUCGCGCCGCUCGCCAAGCUCGUCGCGGCCUUCGCGACGGACGAGGCCGCCGCGACGGCCGCGGCCUUCGCGCUGCGGCACAUCGCGGCCGACGGCGCGACGCGGGGCGCCGCCGCGGCUACGGACGUCGUCGCCGUUUUAUCAAGAUGCGCGCGGUCCGACGGCUCCGCGGGCGCCCAGGCCCGCAGCGCCCUCCGCGAGCUCGCCGCCGACGAGGCCGCCUUGGUCGCGAUGGGGCAAUGCGGCGGCUUCCACGCGUGCGCCGCUUCAUUAGAACGGGGCGACGGCGACGGCGCCGACGCCGCGGCCGUCCUCUGGGCCGGGUCCUCGAAGAAGGCCUCGCUGACGGACGUCGCGCGGGCCCUCGACGUGCGGUCGAGCCGCGGGCCCGCGAUCGGCCGCGACGUCGACCUCGCCAUCCGGGCGCUGCUCCGGCGGACGCGCAGUAAGGCGGGGAAGAAGGACGCGUAG